UCGCGAGUGGGGAUCCCGAUCGGAAAUGCGGGUAUGGCGUGGUCUAUACUCUAUAGCUGUUUAACUAGACUUUGGGGUAGGAUACGUGAGCAAUGUUUUUGUACCAAGUUUCACCGACUAAACAAAAGAGUGAAGUGACAAUCACGCCCUUAGUCCGACACUCUCGUGUUAGCCUACUUCGACACGUGCAGUUUAAGGUUUUGGGGAUUAGGAGUUCAGAAGGAAGGAAAAUGAAUUCAGUUGAAAUACUCCACGAACAUCUUUCUCAAUAAAGAAACAAGAUAAGAAGAAAGACAUUUGGAACACUUAAAAAACUCCACUGCUUUGUGAGUGCCAGUUUUCCCAGCCUUUUCACAAAAGAGCCAGUAAGCAUUGAAGGAAUUUUGCUGUUUAGCAAAUGCAAAAUGCCGUCAUUCCGCACAAUAAUCAAGAUGUACUGGAAAACUUUCCUUCUGGUAUUAUCUCCCAUCAUCUUCGCCGCCUUACCCAUCAUUUCUGCUACGAAUGAGGCCAAAUGCGGCUACGUCAUGAUCAUGAUGGCCAUCUUCUGGAUGACGGAGAUUUUCCCGCUGGCGGUGACGGCGCUCAUCCCCGUCUUCGCCUUCCCCUUCCUGGGCAUCCUUCCGACUGGGGAAGUCACUCGGGUGUACAUGAAGGAGAACAUCAUGAUGUUCAUCGGUGGAGUGACGAUAGCUGUUGCUGUUGAGCAUUGCAACUUACACAAGAGAAUCGCUCUCUUUGUCAUCUUCCAUUUGGGUCAAAGUCCACGUAGACUGAUGGCUGGUUUCAUGCUGACCACCAUGUUCCUAUCGAUGUGGAUCUCUAAUACUGCCACGACCGCCAUGAUGGUUAGAGUUGUGGAUGCCCUGUUGGUCGAGCUGUUCAUAUCAAGUGAAGAGGUCGAUGAAGCCAUUAGUUCUAAUGGCAGGGGUCACAUGGAACUUCAAGGAAUAGAAAAUGGCAGUUACAUUCCUGAAGAUGAUUGUGAGUCAGGAAGAAACAAAAAUCUCCAAACCAACACCAAAGGCCAGAAGGUGAAGGAAGACAAACCAAGACCCAAGACUAUUGCCGAAAUGUCACUGAACGACGAAUGUCGAGCACUGAAGGACAUGUGCUUUCUAGCAGUGGCCUAUUCUGCUAACGUAGGAGGAACAGGGUCCAUGACUGGUACGGGUUCGAAUCUGGUUCUUAAAGGCAUCCUCGAAAGUUCCUUCGACGAAUCUACUGGUCUCAAUUUCGCAACAUGGAUGGCGUUCAACAUCCCUGGAAUGCUUCUGUGUGUGAUUUUAGCUUGGAUCUGGUUGCAGAUCCUCUUCAUGGGUCUCUGUCGAAAAGGGAAACAAAGCAUUCAGGAAACAAGCCCCGAGAAAGAAGCAGCUCUGAGGAAAGUCAUCGAGGACCAGUACCAGGGCCUGGGCCCAAUGUCACACCAGGAGAAGACUGUCCUCACUUUGUUCAUCAUCUUGGUUCUGAUGUGGCUCUUCCGAUCUCCUGAAUUCAUCCCAGGCUGGGCUGAUUUGUUUAAGGAUGCCAAUGGGAAGAAAUUUGCAAUCAAAGAUGCUUCGUCUGUCAUACUUAUAAUAUUUGCCCUCUUCGCGUUGCCUGCCAAUUUAAGCUUCUUCAAAAACAUCCGACGUAAAGACGGAGCACUGCUCCCGCCAGCCCCUGGCUGCCUAAACUGGAAGGUAGCUCAAGAAAGAGUUCCUUGGGGUCUCGUCCUUGUUAUGGGAGGAGGUCUAGCACUGGCUGAGGGCUGCAAGAAAUCCGGUCUGUCGUCUUGGAUGGGCGAACAACUCACCGUGUUUGACGCUCUUCCUAAAGAAGCCACUGUUUUUUGCGUUUCUCUCUUGAUAGCUAUGUUAACCGAAGUGACAUCCAACACUGCGACUGCAUCCAUUUUCUUGCCUGUGUUGAUGGAAAUGGCUUUGAACGUCAACGUGAACCCUCUGUACCUGAUGUUACCUGCAACCGUUUGCUGUUCCUACGCCUUCAUGCUUCCGGUAGCGACGCCCCCAAAUGCCAUCGUUUAUGGCGCUGCUGAUAUGAAGAGCUCAGACAUGAUGAAGGCUGGUUUCGUCAUGAACGUGUUGUGUGUUAUUGUUAUUACUGGUAUGAUCAAUACUCUUGGCGUUCUCAUGUUUGACCUCCACACACUGCCUGCAUGGGCCAAGUCAUCCGUCGUUUCUUAGCAUGGACCAUAUGGGGUCCUCAACCUAGAUGAGGAUGAGGAGACAACACUUCACCUACCCGUGGGUGCGCCACAUUCCUCUAAUUUCCUCAUAAGUAAUCCAGAUUUAAUACUGGAGCGAUCUUUCCAUGGGCAGCUUUAGGAUCAAGAGCCUGUGCUAGCAUGAGGGCAGCCUAACCUAAAACAACCAGAUCUUCUGCUCUGCCUAGGUAGGUCAAGCUCAUGCUAAGCACAGCACCAUGGAUUCUUGUGACGAUUCUGACCCUGGAACAGUGAUUUAGUGCAAGAAAAAUUACCGUAUUUAGAGCGUUGUUUCGUUACCUCUCCAGACUUGAUAAAAAUGUGCGAAAAAAUAAGGAAAAAAUUAUCAUAUUUAAUUGUAAUUAUGAAUUAUUCAUAGACAAAGCAGUAAAUGCUGGACAAAUUGCCCAGAGUAUAGAUUCUCUUGGCACAGUGUAUUUAUUCGUCUUGCCCAGAGUAUAGAUUCUCUUAUUCGUCUUUCAAUAUCUUGUGUCUCUUAUAACCAUGGAAAAAAAUGGUUUUGAGACACGGUUACUCAUUUUCUUCAGAAGAUAAUAUAAUCUUAUCCCUAUUUCUCUGUUUCGUUUGACGUGUCUGCAGUGAGAGUCAUAAGAUCAAAAUUCGAGUGUCUGCUCACAUAAUUAAAAGAACAAAUUUGCCCUUCUACUUCGUAUCUGAGCAGUUGGUAAUGUUUGUAUAAUCGUAUUUUCUCUAUGUAUUACAUUGAACAUCAGUGGUUGAACUCCCUCUUGUCUAAGCUGUCGCCAAUUUUGUGAGGAUCUGGGGAGAUGCUUAAAUCGAAGGCAUGCCAUGGAACCUGUACUUGUUUCUCCACAUCCUGAACCUUAGGAAGGGGCAGAGAGGAAAGGUAAUAGAUACAUACCAUUAUGCAUCUUUCAGGUCGAUGGAUAAAGUGCAGGUCCCAUGUGAAAUGAGCGAACUUAGGCAACAGUUGUCAUCUUGGACGUGAAUCACAUAACGUGAUUAUUGAGCUUUUGAUGCGCUGAGGAUCAUCCUCUGUUCGAAUGGUCCUUGGGAACACUGAAGAGAUGUGCCUGGUGGUGAAUAAACAUGUCCUUUAUUUAUAAUGCCUUUUAGGAGAGCGUCUUUUACUCAUGCUUCUCAGAGGAGGACUCCAGUUGUUGGAAAUACCCUUUGAAGGGUUGGAUGGAUACAAACAUUGCCACCUGUUGGAGGCAAUGCUAUGUCCCCAAGGGGAAUACUUCAAACUGCCUCCUGAUGCUGCAUAAGACGAUCCCCUACCUGCAAAGUCUGCUGGGCUUCACCUCUUCCCUUGCCCCUAAAGGGCAUUCCAGAAGUUACUUUUCCUUUCCUAAAAAAAAGGAUGUUAUUGUAGGAACCCCAUCGUUAUUAUUGAUGUCCUCUCUUCUCUUCCUGGUAAGAAACUAAGGACAACUGGAAGUUUGUAUGACUCUGGGUUGUAUCAGAACUUCUUGGGGAUUUAAGGGAAAGCUCUUAGGAACAGUGUUUUAUGAGUUACGACUUACCCAUCAGGGGAGGUACAUUACGGUUAUGUUGACAGGUUUGCUCUAUGAAAACCAUUACAGCAGACCCAUCACAACAGAAGAGGGAAGAAUGUAACCCAAAGUGACCUUGGGAAGUGACAUGUUUGAGUUCACCAAUUCUCCCUUUUAGGUACUGACUUGCUAUUAUGUAAAAAACUAAAGCGCUCCCUGUAGAGAAUGUACAUGUAGAAGUCCUUGCCACAGCAGCCAAAACAGUCUCAGAAGAAUAAGGGAUCUACUUACAGGUUAGAAUGGAAAGGACGUGGAGCCUAGCAUGUUACUCAUAAGUUGCUGUCUUGCUAAGAUUUUGCCCAUAGGGACACCAAACAGCUGGGUAGUCAUGUACAAUAGGAGCUUUUUCCAUUCAGAUAGAAGGACAAAUGGUGCUCAUUCUGAGUCCAAGCUAGUAAAAGUAUCAAGACCAAUAUGGCAUUACAGGAGUAGGAGGGCCAUCUCUUUGGGAGUCUAGUUCUUAUUCUAAUGAAGAUCUGAGAGACUGACUCAACAUCUUCUUGGCCUUGGGUGCUUUUGUUAGUAUGCUCCAGGGACCUUACUAUCUCGGCAAGAGAACCCAUUUCCACAUGAGUAGCUUUUGGGGAGUAUUUAGUCUUUUUCUGAAGGCUGACAAGUCUUAUUAACAUUAUCUAAAUUGGAUGGCAAGAUUGCUUUGAGUCCUAAUGGGAAUUUUCAAUAACAUCUUGAAUAUAGCUACAGUCGGUGUCAAGGAUUUCCUUGAUACUUUGCAAGAUAUCCUUACAGAUCCUGGCUCCCCCUCCCCUUUAAUUCCAGUCAAGCAUCAGCCAUAAUCUCAUUAUUAUGGAACUUCAUCUGGAUGGGGUGGCUGGAUCACUGCUACUGGGCAGAUACAGAGCCGCAGAUGAAGGACUAGGAAUCACACAUGAAGCUUUGAAGGGAUUUCCUCGAUACUUUGCGAGAUCUCUUUACAGAUCCGCCCGCCCCUCCCUAAAUUCCAGUCAAACACCAGUCAGAAUCUCAGUAUUAGGGACCUCCAUCUGGAUGGGCUGGGCUUGGGCGGCUGGACCACUGCCACUGUGCAGUUGCAGAGCCUCAGGUGAAGGACUAGGAAUCACACAGGUAGCUCUGAAGGGAUUUUCAGUUUCUCUUCUGAGGGCUGAAAAUAUCCUAAAAACAACAUUCAGCUUGGUUUCCUAGACUUCUUUAUUCUUGAAGGGAAUUUUCAAUGUCUUCAGUAAAAUUACUCUAAGCAUCAAAGAUUUCUUUGAUAAGUUGUAAGAUUUCCUUAUGGAUCACCGUUCUAAACUCUAACCAAGCAUCAGCUGCCAAGGGGCUGAUAGGAACUCUUUUGUGAAGGGCUAGGAACCAUAGGAGGAACAAGAAUAUAGGAAUAUUAGGGGUAGGAGGGGGCUCCCUGUUAGGGGUCCUCCUGAACAUGAAAUUAUUUCUAGGAGAUCCUGGACUCCCUUAUGGGUUCUUUUCCCCAUGUGAGAAAAAAUGUUAGUGCUCCUGGCCCUUUUAAGUUCAAUGAAGAGAGGUCAGUUGCAUGAUCUUCUGUUUGCCGAUUAUAUGGGGCAUCUGCCUCUAUCAGUGACUUUUCUUCUCCAUCAGUACAGUAAGUAGGUAGGGAUUCAUGUUGUCUAGCUCUUAUUUUGGAUACAUCCUAUGCUAAAGAUAUGAAGACAUUUUGUAAUAAAACUGACAGAAAGAAAGAAUUACCCAAGACCAUAUAAUGAUGCUGGAAAAAUUGAGUAGCAACUAAGUUUAUAAAAUCCCAUGCAAAGACUAUGAUUCAUUUUUUGUGUGCCAGACAAGUAAGAAUUAGAUGUUAUAAUAAACCCCUUAAAUAUUCAGUUAGAACUAGUGAAAAGAAUAAUGAUGUUUUUGUGAACCUCAGAGAAAGGUCACAUAAGAUUAAUGAGUCCCUUUAGCAGUAAAUUUACAAGAUGUAAAAAUAUUGAGUACUGAAAUCUUGAAUUUACUUUUGCACAGUUAACAAAAAACUAUUAGUUCAAUUCCAAAUCUCUACACUCAAGACUCUGUUCUACAUAAGAUGUUAGAAGGAGAACGACAGAUACAGAAAAAUCUCUAAUCCUUGUUAAUGCCCUUUGACCCUGUUUUAUCCAUAGAAGGAAGUAUAUACCUAAAGUUACGAUUUCUAUACCAGUGCUAUGCAGUUCAGUGGUCUUCCACCCAGGUGGCGCUGCAGAGCCUUGGAGCCAUAUUUAAAGGUCUGGUAACCGUACAAAUUGGCAGGGGAUUAGUGCGAUUGUGAAUUUUUCUUUGUCGUUAUUGUUUAAUGUCUAAGUGUUUAAUGAAUGUUUAGUGAGUGUGUAUGAGUAAGUGUUUAGUGAAUGUUUAGGGGUUAGUGAGGAGAAUGUUAGUGUUCAGUGAAUGUUUAGUUUUGAAAGUAUUCAGUGAUGUUUAGUGAGUGUUCAGGGUUUAGUGAAUGUUUUGUGACUGUUAUUGUUUAGUGAAUGUUUAGUGUGUAAGUAUUCAGUGAAUGUUUAGGGUUUAGUGAAUGUUUAGUGUGUAAGUGUUAAGUGAGUGUUUAGUGAAUGUUUUGUGUGUAAGUGUAAAGUGAGCUUUUUAGGUUUUGUGAAUGUUAGUGUUUAGUGAAGGGUUAGUGCGUAAGUAUUCAGUGAAUGCUUAGUGUGUAAGUGUUUCAUGAACGUUUAGUGAGUGUUUAGGGAUUAGUGAAUGUUUAGAAAGUGUUUAAAUUGCUUAAAUCAUAGUCCAGAUGCUUAGGCCUUGACCACAAUGUUUGUGGUCAAGGUAAUUUUUCACAAUGAAAUUGGGUCAAGUAAUAAUAAUAAUAAUAAUAAUAAUAAUAAUAAUAAUAAUAAUAAUAAUAAUAAAAAGGUAUAGUAUUAUGAGCUGGACCGAGACCUUUCAAUAUGGCCGGCCGAGGUCACUUGCUCGUCAGGGAGCUCGCCACUUCAUGUAUUGACGCUCCAUGGUUUUAUCCAAGUACCUGACUUAAUCGUAAUUUAAUUACCUUAGCUUGCAUGAAAUUGUACAUAUUCCCCUUUAAUGUCAGAUUGUGUUCGCAGAAUCGAGUCUUCAUUGUAUCCGUUCUGUUGUAAAUAGUUUGCUUGAACGUGCUCUGAAGUAAAGGUGAGAGGUCAUA